GGAUUCACUGAUGUUUUGAUAGUGUGCAGCUGGCUUCUGGCUAACGUUAGUUUCAUUUCCACAUCGAACAAGCUAACGAUGACCAGCGGCUCAACGCCUGAAUUUGUGCAUUAGCUAGCAACAUUAGACUUUUUAAAGAAUAAGUGAAGAGGCAUGGAAAAUAAGUUACCAGGGAUAAUUUCAGGGUAAUUUCGAGCACGGGCUCCUACGGUGAUUUUCAAAGGAUAACGUUAUGUUGUCUGAUACGCUUUGUUUGCUCCGUGGAAUGACGACAUUUGCUACAUUCGGCUGCCUCAAACACGGGCGUCGGUGAUGCUGUCGACCACUGGCCAAAUGCCCCGCUCGUCCGAAUUGGGACAGAGCCCCCAAACUUAAUUAUAAACCAUGCAAAGCUGUGAGUAUCAACAAAUCGACCCCCAGGCUCUUCCGACGCCAACCCCGAACCCUCCACCCCAUCAUGGUAACAACGGUAACAAGAGAGAGGAGCCGAAAAGACCGAGGAGAAAGUGGCAAGUUUUCCCCGGAAAGAAUCGUUUCUACUGCGAUGGACGGAUCAUGGUGGCCCGAGAGAGUGGGGUCUUGCCCCUCACUCUGGGCCUUAUUCUCAUCACAAGUGGAUUAUUCUUUAUAUUUGACUGUCCCUUCCUGGUCAAACACCUGACCAGCUGCAUACCUGUUAUUGGAGGAGGCCUGUUUGUAUUUGUGGUCAUCACCUUGCUUCAGACCAGCCUCACUGACCCCGGCAUCCUGCCCAGAGCAACACCAGAUGAGGCUGCAGAUAUUGAAAAACAGAUUGACAACACUGGAAAUGCCAGCUAUCGGCCUCCGCCGCGCACCAAGGAAGUCCUCAUCAACCAGCAGGUGGUGAAGCUCAAGUACUGCUUCUCCUGCAAGAUGUUCCGGCCGCCGCGCACCUCCCACUGCAGCCUGUGUGACAACUGUGUGGAGCGAUUCGACCAUCACUGCCCCUGGGUGGGGAACUGUGUGGGAAAGCGCAACUACCGAUUCUUCUACACCUUCAUCGUGUCGCUCUCCUUCCUGACGGCGUUCAUCUUCGGCUGUGUGACCACACAUCUAGCACUGAGGGCUCAAGGUGGAAAAGGCCUGGUGUUUGCUGUGCAAGAGAGUCCAGGCAGUGCAGUGGAGCUGGUGAUAUGUUUCUUCUCAGUCUGGUCCAUCUUGGGCCUCUCAGGCUUCCAUACAUACCUGGUUGCUUCCAACCUCACCACUAAUGAAGAUAUUAAAGGCUCCUGGUCAGGGAAAGGUGGAGAAGGUGUCACCAACCCAUACAGCCAUAAAAACAUCUUCAUCAACUGUUGCUCUGUGCUCUGUGGACCCAUGCCACCCAGCUUGAUCGACAGACGGGGUUUCCUGCCCACAGAUGAAUCUGUCCAGACAGGAGGCGUGAGCAUCGAGCUGCCCACUUUGGCCGCUAAAAGCGAGAUAAACGUGUGCACACAGGGAACUAAAGGUCUCCUGGAGUCGGCCACUCUCCCUCCGCUCCUGUCCACCUCGUGUCCUCAGGGGAAACCUCAGACAGCUUAUACCUGCCCAGACAGCAGGCCCGCGGUGAACUCUGACCCCUCCGCGCAGCUCUCCACGAGCUGCGUGGCGCGCCACACCGCCAGUUCCAGGGACGAUACCUCUCCACCACGUCCCACCAAGACUCGGUCAAAGAAAAGAGAGCUAGUUGCUCUGCAUAUUCCCAACCCUUCUUUUGAUGUUCCUGUUUCCCCAACCUCUCCGGACGCUGGGCCCAGCUUCAUCCCUAUGCACUGACUGUAACGACAGCUUUCGAAAGGGAAAAAAACACUUUGUGUGAAGCUUGCAUGCUGUAACACAGUCAGACACACAUGGUGUGAAUUAAAAAAUCGUUAUUAAGUGUUGAUUCCCUGAAAGCUCCAGGUCUAGUCAUUGUGGAUCACAAAGGUAUGCAUUUGUGUUUGUAGUGGAAAUAGGAGCACUAGAGAUCUAGAGAAUAGAUUGGAUCUAUUCUGGCUGUAAAGGGUGCAAUUUUGGUGAAGAAUGACAUAAAUGACAAAGCACAUAAAAAGAUUUGUAAGUUAGAGGAACCGGUGUACUGAAAGAGCCACAUGCCUUCCUGAUGAUUCUCAUGUCAAACAUGAAUUUUACCAGCAUGUCCGAUCCUGCAAAUAUGAUAAAAUAAUGGCUUUGAUGUAUCAGGUGGAAAAACUGUAGGAGCUUGAAAAGCUUUUUAUGGUCUUAAAGGGAUUGUCCACCCCAAAUAUAGAAUUCAAUUCCCAUAUGUCCUUCCUCUAACAUUGUGCGACUCCGUUUAGAAAUGGGACCUUGAGCUAGUUACUCCUUUAAGAUGAAGAGCGGAGAGACAGUUUGUACUGAUGAUGUCGUCUUGAGACAUCAUCAGUACAUGUCAAUCAAACUCUGACAGCAGCCAUGGAGCAUUUUCGAGAAUAUGAGUACUAAAAGCUGGAGGUACGGAUGGGUGACAAAUUAAAGCUAUCUUGCCCUGGGCCCCUUUAGCAGGAUGGUCUGGCCCUGAGCAGAGAACACUGUCUACCCAUAGACUAGUGUAUAGAGAUGGAUGAUGCGUCUCCACGUCCUCCCACUGUACAAGAGGGAAGCCAUAACACAGGGAUCCGGUUGCUGUAUCACAGUACUGCCCAUUCUAUCAUGCCACCACACUAUCCAUUGUUCUGAAAGAACAGCUAAGCAAUAAUCACAUGUAGGCUAUCUCGGCCACUAAUUUUGUUGCUUUUGUUAUUUUUCUAUAGAUAAAUUAAGUUUAAACAGAGGGGUCAAAAAUAAAUUACGCCAUGAUAAAGGUCCCAUAUUGUGUUAAUUUCCUGGUUUGUACUUGUAUUUUGGGUUUCUGCUAGAACAUGUUUACAUUCUUUAAUGUUAAAAAAAAGGUUCUCGCAGUGUCUGAAUAUACAUGUAUUCACCCUGUCUUUAGCGUCUGUCUCUUUAAGCCCUCCUCCCAAAAAAGCCUGGUACGCUCUGAUUGGUCAGUGUGUCCGGGUCUUCCUCAUCAACACUCUCCGUGUCUCUGCACCGUCAUUGCAGCCGGGAAAUGACUGUAACAGUGCUGUAGCGGCACUUUCUACCUAUACAUAGUAUAGUUGUGACAUCACAACCGUACAGACGAUCAUAAUCCAUUCUCUUUGGAUUGAGGGUUCUGAUACCUUCACUGUAUUUAUAUAGCACCUCAACCUGCAUUAUAAUAAAAAAGAAAUCUCACUUUUU